UUUCGGUACGUGGGUGCCGGCAGGGUGCGGUGAGAAGCUGUCCCUGGGAGUGAACAUGUUACUGGCGCUGGUGUUCUUCAUACAGGCCGUCAACGCGGGGCUCCCCAUCACCUCACGGUCCAUACCGUAUGCAAGCCAGUUUUUCGGCGCCACCAUCCUGAUCGUGGCCAUCUCCGUGUCCUUCUCGUCCUUCGGCAUCAUGUUCCACUUCCACGAGGUUAACCUGAAGAAGCCGCCCACCUGGCUCAAGACGCUCCUUUUUCUCCCAGGGUACAGAAUAUGGGAGCGGCGUUGUGGUAAGAAAAACAGAGUCGUUCCCUCCCCAGAUUCAUCAUCAUCUGACCAGCUUGACCAAUCAGAAGACGAGUCCACCAGCAGAACGGUGUCUUCCUGUUUGUACCCAGAGGAUGAGAAAGUCAACUAUGAAGAGGAAAAACAACCAUUUCCUGAAGAGAACAAUGGGAGCUUUCUGGCAAAUAUUGCUAUAAACUUACAGGCUAUAAAGACGACAGCAGACAACAAUGAGGAACAGGAGAGUCUGCGUGACCAAUGGCGUGCCUUGGCGCUGCAGCUGGACAAGGUUCUCAUGGUGGUGAUAUUUGUGGUGUACGGAGUCGUCGUUGUCUCCAUGUUCACUUCCCUGCCUGAUGGAUUGGUCAGGUAGAAUGAGGCAGGAAACAAACUAUUUGUAUCUGUUUUAUGAUACAACUUUUAACCGCACAGAAAAUUAAAGCGCAUACCAACAAGAUUUCGAUCAGUCCUCCCAUCCUUUUCAAGUUGUAAUGACCAAAAUCCUACGUCACACAUCCAGACGGGAAGUGUGACGUCAGCAAAGGGUCAAAAGUGCUAACGUCAUCCUUGUGAUAUCUGUGUAUCUGUAUCUGUAUAGACGGUAUAAUUUACCGCUCUUCGGCGUAACGCACCAGCUUCUCACUAGUCUGUGUAACGUUAUAAUAUAAACUGUGCAGUCUGGUGGUGUAACUGUCCCCUCCUCAUACACAGUGGCCAUAUCUUGGACGCGCUGCUAUGAGCGAGAUUCAAUCAGGCUAGAAACAACCUGUGAUACUACGGUUGUAGAUCGUCCUGGAGAUAGAAUGUAAAAGACGGGACUGUCUAUGGGCACUUCCCAUUUCUUUGCAAUCUAGAAAAAAGGAUUUUGGAUUCGCACUGCAGCAUGUAAACGAGGCAAUUCUAGUAAUGGCUUACUAACUUAAAGACUUAGACUCAGAGACUCAAAGGAAUACGUAUGAGGAAACAUAUUUUUAAGAAAAAACUAUCUGAAUCCACUACGAUAGUUUAAGAUUUUUGUGAAGUUAGAUUUAUGUCUGCUCGUAUAGUAGCAACUUUGAUGAACGCACAAGAAAAAGAACGCAGAAAAGCCUUUUGUGUGGGAUCACAAAGACUGAUGUAGACAGAUUUAGGUAAAGUAUGCAGUCUCAAAUGAAUACCAAUGCUGUAC